AUGAUCUUAUUACCUACCGACAUACAAGUUCUAAUUUUGCCUUGCCUUACCUCGACUUCUCUCAUCUCACUCUCCCAAACCAAUCGACAUUUCCGGCAACUCAUAGAUCCCCAAAGGAACCAAUUUGUGAACCGCCUCCUUGAACUAGAGUGCCUCCCAGAAUAUGGCGGGGAAGUGACCAUCAACGAACACGCCAAAAUCAUCAUUCCCUCGGGGACAGUCUCAUACGCCUGUAUCCACUGCCUUAAAAUCAUCCCUCAUACCCACUUCGACAAUCAUGCACUCCUCCGCCUCCGAUUCCGGAAACCACCCCCUGAAUCCAGAGCCAGUCAACAGCUCUGUGGUUGGACGAGCGGUGGUGCAAAAGCACGGGGCUUAAAGAGACAAGCUGACCUCCGGAAUGAUACGCUGACGAAUUGGAUCUGGCAAAACUCCUCUUCCGGCAUUCCAGAAUCGAAGUUGCUAGAGCUUUACAAAAUCGGCACUACUCGCAAUCGACGUAUCUGCAACGAAUGUAAAUUCAUCACCGGUUUCUGGUCUAGAAAUGCAGGUAAUCAGAGCCAAAGUUGGGGGGGUAAACACAGAAACUCAAAUGUAGGCACUGCUGGUGUUCCCGUGGUCAAAGGUCGGCAGCGAAGAUGUCACGACUCUACCGAGCGAUAUUUUUGGGACCUGUUCCCCAUCGCUGCUGAUACAGAGUACCCGUCGAGGUGGAAAAUCUACCGCGAGGGAAAUUGUGACUGGUGGUCACUAUGGUCCAUCCGUUGUCCUGGUUGUGCCAUUUGGCAGGAACGAGCAGCAUUCCGAAAAGGCAGCGGAUACGGGGUUAAAGCAACACCAGCGGAUCCCGAUAUGUGGCGGCAGGAUGAUUGGGAUGGGCCGCAUUUCGAGGAGUGGCGAUGCAACCGGUGCUUUGAAACGUCUGUCGGGAAGGAAGAGCUGGGAAGGCAGCUACUCGCAUUCUGGAAGAGACUCGUUGACUUCGAGAUUUCCACGUUCAACCUACUCCUUCGGGCCGGUUGGUAUGCCGUUGGCGAAAUCGAGCGUUUUACUGAGAAAAAAUACUCGUGGGAAAAGAUAGUGAAAAAUGAUAGCGUUUCUUCACAAUUGCUACGAAGAAUUCCUACCGCUCAAGAAAUCAUGGAGUUGGACGUUGAGAAAAGGCGACCCUAUUAUAGAAUCUUGAAGCGAUGGCUUAACAGCUUGGACGAUCCUGCAGCAGCCUUAGGUGUAGUGAUGGAUAGAAAUCGCUUUGGAGAGUGGUCGAAUGAUUAUGAGAUUACUGAGAAAAGAAUAGAAGAUUUGGAGACCUAUACCAAAAUUCUCGAAGCUGAUCCAGGCAAACUGGUUACGUUUGCGCUGAACGGAUAUGCGCCUCUGGUAUAA